AUGGCCAGCGACAAGUCCUGGUGGAAGGAUGCCAUUGGGUACCAAAUUUGGCCAGCUUCUUUCUUCGACUCAAACAACGAUGGCAUGGGAGAUCUACCAGGAGUCAUCAGCAAGCUCGACCAUCUCAAAGACUUGGGUGUAGACUUGAUAUGGCUGUCACCUGUGUACGACUCACCACAGGCGGAUAUGGGCUAUGAUGUUCGAGACUAUGAAUCUAUUUGGGACAAGUUUGGGACAUUGAAAGACAUGGACAUGCUCAUAGUAGAGGCAAAGUCUCGUGGCAUGAAGCUCAUCAUGGACUUGGUCGUGAACCAUACGAGUGAUGAGCAUGCAUGGUUUCAGGAGAGCAAGAAGUCGAGAACGAACCCAAAAUCUGACUGGUACAUCUGGCGUGAUCCCAAAACUGAUGCUCAAGGCCAGAGGAGGCCGCCAAACAACUGGCGCGCCGCAUUCGGGGGCAGUGUGUGGACUUAUGUCGCGGAAAGAGAUCAGUAUUAUUUACACCUCUGCCUUGAGAAACAGCCAGAUCUCAACUGGACAAACCCGGAAACAAGGGCCGCAAUAUAUAGCACAGCAGUUGAUUUCUGGUUGCGGCGUGGUGUAGAUGGAUUCCGUAUGGACAGCGUCGUCGCUUUCUGGAAAGACCCUCGUUUCCCCGACUCUGAGAUUACAAAACCAGAUCAAGAGUUUCAACCCAUGGAAGGCAAGUACAUCAUGAACGGAGCUCCCGUACAUGACUGGUUGAAAGAGUUACGAGCUCGCAUCGAGGAAGACCAUGGGAAGGAUGUCGUCCUGAUCGGAGAAUUACCCGCCACUGGGACUGACGAGAUUGUGCGCUACAUCGACCCAUCUGCGAAAGAGCUGAACAUGAUUCUCGACUUUGACCACUUCAUGGCCGGCAACGAUUGGCAUGCUGAUCUAUCUGAGCGCACACGGCCAGCGCUACCGCUGCUCAAAGAUGCCAUCAUCAAACAGCAAGACUUUAUGCAAUCUGGCUGGACCAGUGCAUUCACCGAGAACCACGACAAUCCUCGAAGUGUUGAUCGCUUCGGCCCCGGCGACGGCGAGUAUCGUAACGCUGCAUCCAAGAUGCUGGCCAUGUUCUUGUGUACUCUUUCGGGGACAAUCUUUCUGUAUCAGGGCCAAGAGAUCGGCAUGACCAACAUUGAUGCAUCGUGGACACGAGCAGAUAUCAGAGACGCCGCUGGCCUGGACUACCUCGACGAGACUGAACGAAAGUUUCCGCACAAUGUGGCCAAGCAAGAGGCUGCGCUAGAAGGCCUGCGCCGCCUUGGGAGGGAUAAUGGUAGGACGCCGGUACAGUGGUCGGCUGCUCCGUAUGCUGGCUUUAGUGGCGUUCAGCCAUGGAUCAGAGUCAUUGACAAUUACAAGGCGAUCAACGUAACCCAUCAGGAGGAUGACCCUGACGGUGUACUGUUUUUCUGGAGGCGCAUGAUCAAGAUCAGACGCGACUAUAGAAAUCAGCUCAUCCGUGGCCGAUUCCAGACUGGUGUCGAUCCAGCCGACGAGAUCCUUUUGGUGGUUUUGAAUUUCGGGGAUGAGAAUGCUGAUGUGUUUGUUCCUGGUGACGUGAAUGAAAGCAGCAUGCGACUCCUGCUGUCGACUUCAUCAGAGCACCCCCUGGACACCGAGCACGACCGGCGACUUCAUCCGUGGGAAGGAAGGCUGUACAGUUGCCAAAGGAAAGGAACCGAUGUGAACUCUUCUUAG